GCCCCUCCCCUAUUGCUAUGUCCUUGGCUUCAGAUUCGCGCUCUCAGCUCCGCUACUUAGCGUUUCUGCGCUGCCUCCAAGAGACUUUGUGACUGGGUGUUGACCAAACGUAGUGGAUGCAGUUAGUGCUGGAGGUCGUCCCAGCCCUCCAUCAGGGUCAUUCUAGCCUUUUAGGUUUGCCGGGAUCGCCUGCCUUCCAAUCGUCUCCUCCACCAGAUUUUCAGCUACUGAUGUCAGAAACAAUAAAAAAUUGGAGCACAGAGUUGAGGAAAAGACUCAAGACAGAUUUUUCUUCAGUUAGUUAAAAAUAUGGAUCCUGAAGCAGGGGGACCACAGAUUAUCAAAGUGACACCUCUUCAACAAAUGCUUGCCUCUUGUACUGGAGCUAUACUGACAUCACUAAUGGUGACACCCCUGGAUGUUGUUAAAAUUCGACUCCAAGCCCAAAACAGCCCAUUUUCCAAAGGAAAAUGUUUUGUAUAUAGUAAUGGACUUAUGGAUCACCUAUGUGUCUGUGAAGAAGAAGGCAGCAGAGCGUGGUAUAAGAAGCCAGGAUGUUUUCAGGGAACAUUGGAUGCCUUUUGGAAAAUCAUUCGCAAUGAGGGCAUUAAAUCCCUGUGGAGUGGCCUUCCCCCUACCUUAGUAAUGGCAGUUCCUGCUACAGUUAUUUACUUUACCUGCUAUGAUCAAUUAACUGCUCUUCUGAGAUCUAAAUUAGGAGAAAAUGAAAGCCACAUACCAAUUGUUGCUGGAAUUGUGGCCAGAUUUGGUGCAGUAACUGUGAUAAGUCCAUUAGAAUUGAUUAGAACCAAGAUGCAAUCAAAGAAGUUUUCUUACAACGAACUGCAUCAAUAUGUCAGCAAGAGAGUAUCUGAAGACGGUUGGAUUUCUCUUUGGAGGGGCUGGGCUCCUACUGUUCUUAGAGAUGUACCAUUCUCAGCAAUGUACUGGUAUAACUAUGAAGUUUUAAAGAAAUGGUUGUGUGAGAAAUCUGGUUUAUAUGAACCUACAUUUAUGAUCAACUUUACUUCAGGGGCAUUGUCUGGUUCUUUUGCAGCUGUUGCAACUUUACCAUUUGAUGUGGUAAAAACACAAAAGCAGACACAACUUUGGAUGUACGAAAGUCAUAAAAUUUCUGUGCCUUUGCAUAUGUCAACCUGGGCUAUAAUGAAGAACAUUGUUGUUAAGAAUGGGUUUUCUGGACUAUUUACAGGCCUAAUUCCCCGUUUAGUUAAAAUUGCUCCUGCUUGUGCCAUUAUGAUCAGUACAUAUGAAUUUGGAAAGGCUUUUUUCCAGGAACAAAAUGCUCAAAAACAGAAAUAUUAGUGACGGUGUUUCAACUUGAAAUAAUAACCGUGGCCAAAUAAUAAGAUGAAGACUCUUAGGCAAGAACUUUUUCACCAUUAUCUUAGAGUGAUUUUAUGUCUUUCUUUCCUAUAAUUUAAAUGCAUAGGAAUUUGUACUUUGCCUCUAAAUCAUUAUCCUAAUUUUAAAAUAAAGUUUGUUAUCCUAAUUUUUGAGAUACUAAAAAGGAUAUCCCAGAAAUUAUAACCAUUGAACGUUUUUAUAAAGAAAAGAAAAAUUAGCACCAGAAGUGGUAAUUUCUGAGUUUCAAUUAUAGGUUGUGGUGUAACAAUCUUAUGUGGGAAUGUGUCCAAUACAUCAAAAUGUUUUGAAUUAAGUGCUGAAUUAUGUACUGGGUCUAGAAGAAAAAUGCCAAGUCUUUUAUACACAUUUAAAUCAUGCACAUAGAUAUUUAAGCAUUUCAGCAAAGUAGAUAAAUAGGAGGAAGUCUUUAAAUAACAUUUACCAAAUAUUACUUUUUUUAAACUUCAAAAAUGCAUUAGAUUUUUUGUUUGAAGUCUUCACAUAUAUUAGGAUUUCUCCGAUCAAAGAUAUGGCUGUUUUAUCUUUAUGAACCAAAAUAUAAUUAUUUGUGUGAUGUGGAUGCUGCUGUUUUUGAUGACUAAAGACCCUGUAUUCCCUACUGUUUCUGCAAGAGAGGGAAGUUGUACCGAUUGUUUUAAAUGUUCACUUCAGUCAAACUUGGGUGUGCAGUGGAAAACCACAUUGUGUUUGGCAUGGAAGGUACCCAGGUUUCAGCUGUGUUGUAAUUUAUGUAUCACUGUGGUGUUCUCUAGGUCACUUCUGUUGCUUUCUUCUAUCAAAUUGGAUAUUAAUACAAUAUCAGUCAAAAAUUUCCAAAAUUUUCCAUGAUGAUAUACAUCUAACAGUAUAUUAGACCAAGAGACUAAACAGGCAGCAAUUUCCUUGAAGAAAUAGCUUUUGGUCACUGUAGGCCAGCAGUCUCCAAACUUUUUGGCACCAGGCACCAGUGCUCCUAUGAGAAUCUAAUGCCUGAUGAUCUGAGGUGGAGCUGAGGCAGUGAUGCUAGCACAGGGGAGCAGCUGCAAAUACAGAUGAAGCUUCACUUGCUUGCCUGCUCCUCACCUCCUGCUGUGAGGCCUGGAUCUUAACAGGCCACAGACUCCAGGGUUGGGGGCCCCUACAGUGUAGGCUAAUGCCUGAGUAAUUUAACUUAUCACUAUAGGAAUGAAAUAAGAACAUGAUAGCAGGACAAGAAAUGAUAUUUUUUAUAUUUGAUUUGCUCAGGAUAUACAUAAGAAAAAACACUUUAUUAUAGUUUGUGUAUUUUAUGAAUGUGAAGCAUUUUUUCCCUUAAAAUAGGUAAUAUAUUUAGGUAACAAAUCUUCUAUAGUAUUGAUAGAGGAAUUUAUUUGUAUUAUAGUAAAGUGUUAAUGUUUCACCAGAAAUAAGCUAUGUAAGAUUUGUAUUUAACUUUUUGUUUUUAUGCUGUUGAUUUACUUUAAAUUUGCAACAUACAUAUCCAUAAAAAUAUAGUUAUAUUAAUUUACAUUUUCAUUAUUUUGCUUUCUUAACAUCACUGUACUUCUAGCUAAAUAGUCACAUAAUGUGUGAACUUUUAUCUUGAACACUGCUGUUUAACAGUAUUAAACUUAAUUUGGUUUUGCCAUGCUUUUUGAUUACUGAUGGGUAGAAAAAGAGAAUAUUUAGAUUUAAAUCUAUGUUCUCAAAAAGCAGUCACAUAUUUCAACUUACUAUCACUUAUAAAUACCAGAAGGAAAUUUUCCAACCCUAUCCCCAAUACUGACUGCACUUAUGGAAAAUUAUCAUUUAUGACUAAAAUAAUUUAAAUCUAAUAAUUCCCUAAUAGUUUUUCUAACAUACUUUACUUGCAGUGUAUCUGGAUGAAAAGAAGGAUGAAAGAAAGCUUCAGCUCUUUCUAUACUUAAGUGGUUAAAAUAAGCAUUAAUACCUUGGUUAAAAAAAUUAGCAACCAAGAAGGGUUUGUCUAGAAAUUGUGUUCUUGGUAAUGUUUCUGAAAGGAAAAUUUCAUUUUAUUAAUGGUAAUUUUCUAACAUGCAUAUUUAUGUGCAAAAUUUUUUAAGAAGAAAUGUCUUAUUGAAGUACUGUUUGCUACUCUUCAUAUAAUACACAUUUGACUUUUGAAAGGA